AUGUUAAAAUUGUAUAUGGAUGAAGAGACAGUAUCUUCAACAAAAGAUGCUGGGAAAACUGGAUGUGAACAUGCUGUCAAUGCCCCAGGCUUUGCCACCUGUGAACCGAAGCCUGCAAGGAGGGGUCUCGCCAAGCGCCUCGGCCCUGAAGCAUGGCAGCCUUCCAGCGGCUCGCUAGUGGCUACCCAUGACUACUAUCGGAGUCUACCCAAAGCUGACACGGGCCACUGGUGGGCCAGCUUCUUUUUUGGGAAAUCCACCCUCCCAUUCAUGGCCACAGUGUAGUCUCCUGAGAUAUCGGCAGAAUCCCCCCAGGCCUCCAGAAGCCCGAUCGCCUGUGGCCUGGCUCCUGAAAACAUGAAGAAGCAGCCAGUAAUCCAUCCUGGCCAGACCAACACCAAGGCCCAGUCCUGACCUGUCAGAAUGAGCAGCCUGCC